AUGAAAGUUGAACCUCCGGAUGGUAAAACAAUUCAAGCCUUGAAUGCACAAGCACCUGAUGCUUAUUUGUUUCCAACAGACGAUAGUAAAUGUAUUGGUUUAACACAAGAAGGAAAAUUUAUUGUCACAUUUGGAGAGGCAUUUCUCUAUGGACGAUUACAGACUCGUGCAAAAGUACCAUCGGGAAAAGGAUCAUGGUCUGCUCUAUGGAUGCUAGCAGCCAGUCAACGUUACAGUAGUCAGCUCUGGCCUGAUAAUGGUGAAAUCGAUAGUGAGGGUGGGGGUGAAUAUACGAUCCAGUUCCAAAACAGCAUUAACGCAACUGAAUUUACAUUCAUAAUGUUAAAAAGCCUGAGACUCGGUUGA